AUGUACACAUCCAUCUUUCUCGCGUCCCUCGUCUCUCUUAUAUCUCUCAUCUCCUCGGUCUCCGCCGCCAAAGCGCUCAACCCAAACCUUAACGCCAUGCUCAAGAUGGCCGCAACCAACUACGACCGUCACGCGCUCCUCGCCAAAGACAGCGACUGGUACUACGACUAUUUCAACCACACAGACUACGACAACCCAACCGGUUCCGUCAUCACCGCCGACGCCGCCACAUUCCCAGCACUCACAGGCUUCGGCAUCAGCUUCGCGCUGCUGAAACUGGGACCCUGCAGUAUGCUGCCACCCCACUUCCACCAGCGCGCUCAUAACCUCGUGAUGGGAAUCACUGGAAACACGACGAGCUGGAUGAUCAACGAGAACGGAGUACGCACUGUGAGGAUUGAUAUCGUACCUUUCCGGGUGACGAUAUUCCCGCAAGGAAGUCUGCACGUUAUGCAGAACAACGGUUGUGAACCGGCUCUUCUGAUCAGUGCUUUAAACAGUGAUGACAGUGGUACGCUGAACGCUCUCAAUGGGCUUAUGACUGUCCCAAGCGAUAUGGUCCAAGCUAGCUUUGGUGACGAGAACCUUGACACGGCUCAGCUUGGUAAAGGUAUUCCUGGUGUUGGCACUGGCGCAGUCAGAGGCAGCCCAGAAUGUCUCAAGAGAUGUGGGAUCGAGCACGGCAAGAUCUAA